CGCCUUAUCACAUCUUCAUCUCGGAUCGCGCUCUUGGCCCGAACCAUAGUAGGAAGGAGCCAUCGACCUCGCUGUUACUCCAUCGCAGCAUCUUAUUUGUUUUACCAUAAAUAUCACCAAAACAACCCAGUCGACCACCCCGAAAUCCACAUUCAUCAUGUCUGCCAAGCUCAACCAGUCUCUUGACGAGAUCCUCUCCACCCAGCGUCGCUCUGCCGGCGGUCGCCGCUCUCAGCGACGAUCCACUGGCGGUCGCCCAGCUGCCGCAGCCCCAGUCGGCGGUGUUCAGAAGACAUCAAAGCCUGCGCGUGCCGCCGCAAACAAGCCCAAUACCGCCAAGCCCGCGCAAGGCACCGGUGACAGCAAGGUCAUCGUGAGCAACCUGCCCAAGGAUGUCAACGAGCAACAGAUCAAGGAGUACUUCGUCACGUCAGUUGGACCCAUCAAGAGAGUAGAAAUCUCCUACGGACCCAACUCUGUCAGUCGCGGAAUCGCCAACAUUACUUUCCGCGAGCCGGACGGCGCUAGCAAGGCCUUCCAAAAGCUGAACGGUCUUCUCGUCGACAACCGCCCUAUCAAGAUUGAGAUUGUCGUCGGUGCUUCUCAAGCGGCCAAUGUCAUCCCGCCCACGAAGUCGCUUGCUGAGCGCACCACUCAGCCCAAGGCUCAACCCAAGUCCGCUGCCAACAACAAGCGCAACACUGCCAACGCAGGCAACAAGGGUGCUGCUGCCCCUGGCGCUCGUGGCAAAAAGCCGGAACGCCGUGCACGCACCGGCCGCCCCGCGAAGAAGACCGCGGAGGAGUUGGACUCGGAGAUGGCCGACUACUUCGAGUCCGGCACCAACGCCGCCGGUGAGAACGCUGCUCCCGCUGCUGCGGCUCCCGCAGCUGCCAAUGGCGAUGCCCCUAUGGAAGACGAAAUCAUGUAAAGACAAGGCUGGUUAAGCUUGAUCUUGGAUUCACCAGUGGGAGGCCAUGAUUGAAGGAGGUCGAAGAGGUACAUCGCGCAGGGGGGCGCCCGUCAUCUUUCCCUUUUCGUGUUUCAUGGAGCACUCGUACAGAUUGCCGGAAGGAGAGUGAACACAUGCAGGUUCAGGGAUUCCCGGCUUGGUUUCUACACAGCUUGCUUAUUUCGAGCUUGCAAAUUGCCCCUCUCCCAGCGUUUCGGCGCGACCCCAAAACACAACAAAACGGCGCU